AUGAGGGAGAAUGAAGAUAACGACGAGAAAGAUAAUAAUGAUUGUCCAUCUGUUAGGGCAACAUGUCCCAAAAAUGGAAAAGGGAACUGCCCAGGCUCUGCAAUCAAUCCUGACCCUGCAUCAGCACCAGCAGCCACUCCUCAGCCUGAAGCCGCAAAGAAAAAGACUUCAUGCAGCAAGUCAGACGGGCAGAGGAAGAAACCCAAGGAGACAAAAACAGAGCUCCUCCUAGAGAAACUGCGCAGCCUUUUGAGUGUGGGAGAUCCUAAGCAGAAAUACAUGCUGUUGGCAGAAAUUGGUAAAGGGGCAUCGGGAAGAGUUUAUCGUGCACGUGAAUCUUACACAGGACGAGAGGUGGCCAUAAAGCAAUUGAAAUUCCUAACCACGCCAGUAAAACGUUUACUAAGAGAAAUCCUGAUCCCGAAGGAGAAUAAGCAUCCCAACAUUGUGAACUAUUUAGAGAGCUACAGAGUCAAUUCUCACCUCUGGGUGGUGAUGGAAUACAUGUCUGGAGGCUCUCUGGCUGGCCUCGUUCAUAAUGUGCGUAUGCAUGAAAGACAGAUAGCAGCUGUCUGCAGGGAGUGCCUGCAAGGCCUGGCUUUCCUUCACUCAAACCAAGUGAUCCACAGAGACAUCAAAAGUGACAAUAUCCUCCUUGGAAUGGAUGGAUCUGUCAAGCUGGCUGAUUUUGGCUUCUCUGCUCACACCACCCCUGAGAAGAGUAGGAGGACAUCAAUGGUCGGGACUCCUUACUGGAUAGCACCGGAAGUGGCAAGAGAAGAACCAUACGGCCCUAAAGUGGACAUCUGGUCACUUGGCAUCACGGCAAUAGAAAUGGUGGAAGGAGAACCUCCUUACUUGGACCAACGUCCUCACGAGGCGAUAAAACUGAUAGCCCAGAACGGAACACCAAAGCUGAAGAACCCCGGGCAACAUUCCCUGCUGUUGUGUGACUUUCUGAACUGCUGCCUGGAGGUGGAUGAGAACAGGCGAUGGUCAGCUGAGCAGCUUCUGGAGCAUCCAUUUUUACAAUCAGCCAAGUCGCUCUCCAGUCUGACUCCUCUCAUCAUGGCGGCAAAGCAACUGAAUGAGAAGAGGAGGAGGAGACACUAG